AUGGGAAGGUGUACGGCAUGUCCAAGUUGGAUUGAAGAAAUCGCCAAGGGAUGUGAUGUGCUUGAGAAAGAAGUGACAUGGUAUGAAUGGGAACGUAUAUACAUUUCUGACCUUAAAUGUAAGAGUGGAAAGGUAAAUGUGGUCAAGAGAAUGAAGAAAGUCUGUAAAGAGGGGACAGUAAAAGAUGUGCUCACUUCACUUCAGACAAAGCUUCCCUCUUUUCUGGAACAUGUGUUUGUAAAGAGACACCAAGCAGCAUACUUUGAGGAAAAGCUUAAUAGCAUAGAGGACGAUGAAGCAGUGAUUCAAGUGGACUUUGCAGAGAACUAUACUUGGAAAUUUCAGGAUGAAAUUCAGUCUGCACACUGGAACCAGCAACAGGUUUCUCUCUUCACAGUGGCCGUGUGGACGAAAGGUCCUAAAGGUGAUAAGGUCUGUGUUUCACAUGUUAUUGUUUCUGAUGAACUAAAUCAUGACAAGAAAUCUGUAGCAGUGUUUAUGUCUACAGUUAUGGACAAAUUUGUGAAAGAAAUGCAUGCAGAUGUAAGAAGAGCUUAUGUUUUUUCAGAUGGUCCCAGCUCCCAGUUCAAAAACAGGUACAUUGUCAAUUUUCUGCAUCACCUAAACAGCAAAGUAAGUAUUCAGUGGAACUUCUUCGCUACUUCCCAUGGGAAAGGAGCUGUUGAUGGGAUUGGAGGAACCGUAAAACGCAUGGAGUGGAAUGCUGUUAACUCUCGGAAAGCAUCAGAAGUUGUGGAUGCAAAAACAUUUUAUGACGCAGCCAGCAAGCUAACAACAUCCAUUAGUGUUUCGUUUGUUAGUCAAAAAGAAAUGAAUGACAUGUAUGACUUGCUCUGUCUACAGAAAUACUUCAAUGAUGCACCACCUAUUCCUGGAAUUUCAAGAUUCCACUGCAUAGAGCCGAAAGAUAGCUAUGUCAAUUGUCGGCUCUACUCUCACCGUGCUCUGUUGAGAAUAGCAUAGCACCUGAGGUAUUUCCCUUUGACACAGCAGAUGAAUCCGAGUGUGAUGAUUGCACUGAUGUUGAAGGUUCUGGGCCUGGUGAUAGCAGUGACAAUAAAAGUGUGGACAGAGAAUACGUUCAUGGUGGUGCAGGUGUUAGUGAUGGUACAAACGAUGAUGCAAACGUCAACAUCCACGAAGGAGUCCCUGAUGAAAUGAUUGGACCAUUCAAGCAAUCAGCUGUAUUUAAUUUGCCACAUUACAUGACUAUUCAAGUUGAUUCAGUUAUGAGUGGUCUCAUUUCGUUUUGCGGGGGCAGUUUGAUUGAUGAAAGUGAUUUGCAAGGAUUGAUUGGAAAUUCCAAAUCCCCAGAGAUAAACUGGCUGAGUAACUUUAUAAUAGAUGAUUACUUAAAGUUAGUCAAGUCAGCAUGUAUUGAAAGAGGUGACAAUGUGCAGACCAUUACAUGGGAAAUCUUUGAGAAAGCAAGUAUCAAUCAAGUUGCUAAGGCCAUGAAGAAAGAUUGUGACUUCCCUUUAAUGAGCCAAGAUCUACUUCUCAUACCUUGCAAUCCUGAACAAUCUAAGCACUGGUUCCUCCUGGCUGUUCUUCCCAAUAAGAAAUUGAUCAUAGUACUAGACAGCCUAGCAGGGAGCUUCAUCAAACCCACUGUAGAAAAGCUACUUCAAAAAGUGGGUUUAGUUUUGGCAGUUGUUGAUCCCAAUAUCCAAAUACAAGAUUGGCGAUUUAUGUGCAACACACCAGAAGAUAUACCCCAGCAGGACAACAUUUAUGACUGUGGAAUUUAUACAUGUAUGUACGCUAGGUGUCUGGCUGGGCUGGGGGUAUUGGUAGAUCAGGAAUACGUUCUGAAGUUCAGACAGCACAUUUUGCUAAGCCUGCACAGAAAUGACUUGAUGGAAGUGCCAGAGAAUGAAAUCAAGAUGGAGAAGUAUUACGCUGUUGACUAUGUUAAUAAAUAUUACAUUGGAAGAGCACUGAGCAUGCCUGCAGAUAACACUGUGAAAUUCAAGUUUUCGCACAGUGUUGGAGCUAAGCAAUUUAACUGGCCUAAAAGAGAUGACUUUGAUGAUGUGCAUAUCUCAUGUAUCUUUUAUGGUCCAGUCACACUUGAGAUGUGUGGCCCAUUUGUUGUCCCCAAGCAGUCUGAAAUAGAGAAAAUCUUUGCAGCAACCCGUUAA